GCCAUGAGCUCAGAGCAUGUUAGUAAGUAGCUAUAAAUACAACCAACAUUCAGACACUGUACCAUAUCCAACUACAUCAUUCUCCAUUAACACAAUCAAUGGCUAAGAUGAAUCUUAAUGCUUUUGUUUUCUUUCUUGUUCUGUUCCUUUGUUCAACUCUUUUAACAAAUGCCUCUAGAGAGACAGUUUGUAAAGACACGCCUUACCCUCAGUUCUGCACUUCGGUUCUCCCUUCCAACCAGUCUGCCUCCAUUCAAGACCACGGCCGCUUUUCAGUUCAGCGAUCGAUAUCGACUACUUCGAAUUUACUUUCGCUUGUCAAUAGCUAUCUGCAGCGCCAGUCGGGGUAUCCAGAGUACACGGUCCGUGCUCUCGAAGAUUGCCAGCUGCUAAUUAACAUGAAUUUAGAGUUGCUAUCUGAUACUCUGCAGACUAUUCGCGGUGCGAAUAGUCUGAACAGGCUUAAGGGAGACGAUGUCGAGACGUUUCUCAGUGCAACGUUAACGAACCAGGAUACUUGCUUGAACGGCCUUGAAAGCGUGACCUCGCCUUCGACGCUGAAAAGCACUCUCGAAGCUUCGCUCAGCAACGGAACGAAGCUGCACAGCGUGUCGCUUGCGAUUGUGAAGAAGGGAUGGGCUGGCCCGAAUAGACGAAACGGCAGACGAUUGCUUUCGGUUGAGGAAUAUAACCGGAAGAGGAAGCUGUACACGAUCGGGGCUAAUGUGAAGGUGAACAAGACGGUGACUGUGAAUCCGGAUGGGAGUGGGGAUUUCAAGACCAUCAAUGCUGCUGUUGCCGCAGCUCCUAAUAAGACCGACGGAAGCAAGGGCUACUUCGUCAUUCACGUGGUGGCAGGGGUUUAUAAUGAGUAUGUUUAUCUUGACAAUAACAAGAGAUAUAUUAUGAUGGUUGGAGAUGGCAUUGGCAAGACUAUAAUCACCGGAAACCGGAACGUGGUUGAUGGCUGGACAACAUUUAACACCGGGACAUUCAUUGUAACGGGAAAAGGAUUCGUCGGAGUAGACAUGACCAUCCGCAACACAGCUGGACCAGCAAAGCACCAGGCCGUAGCUCUGCGAAGUGGCUCCGACUUGUCCACAUUCUACCGAUGCAGCUUCGAAGGCUAUCAAGACACGCUCUACACCCAUUCACUAAGGCAAUUUUACAGAGAAUGUGAUGUGUACGGAACCGUGGAUUACAUAUUCGGAAACGCAGCAGUGGUUAUCCAGAACUGCAACUUAUAUCCUCGGCUUCCGCAGCAGGGCCAAUUCAACACAAUUACUGCACAAGGCCGAACAGAUAUUAAUCAGAACACGGGGACUUCGAUACAAAAUUGCACCAUCAAAGCCGCUGAGAGUUUGGGAUCAACUAAAUCGUACAUGGGACGGCCCUGGAAAACGUACUCGAGAGUUGUGAUUAUGCAGUCAUUUAUAGAUAGUCUGAUUGAUCCGGCUGGCUGGAGCGUGUGGUCCGGGACUUUUGCCCUUGAUACAUUGUACUAUGCCGAAUACAGCAACACAGGACCGGGAUCGAGUACUUCGAAUAGAGUUACAUGGACCGGAUACCACAGCUCAAUUUCUUCUACAGAUGCUGCCAACUUUACUGUUAACAACUUUGUAGCUGGUAAUUCUUGGUUGCCUAGCACUGGGGUUCCAUUCAAUGGGGGAUUGUAGUAUAAUUGCUUCUGUAAGUUCUUCAUUUUAUGUUUUUUCGAAUUUGUGGAUA